CAACUCCCUUCUCGCCGGUGAAAUACUGGCUGAAAGCACCCAAAUUGCCUAUUUCCGAUUUAAAAUAAAGAACACAGAAUUCGCUUUUAUUUUUCUCAUUUGAGAUCCGGUUGGCGGCAUCUAGCUCAGCUCGUAGCUUCAGUGAUCAGAGUUCUAUAACUAGAGUUGAUACUGCUGCAUCACAAGGAUGGCAACCACUGCUUGCUUUAUCAUUGUCAGCAGGAAUGACAUCCCAAUAUAUGAAGCUGAAGUUGGAUCUGCCGCUAAAAGAGAAGAUGCUGCCCAGCUGCAUCAAUUCAUAUUACAUGCCGCUCUGGAUAUUGUUCAGGACCUUGCAUGGACUACCAGUGCCAUGUUCUUGAAAUCAAUUGACAGGUUUAACGAUUUAGUGGUGUCAGUUUAUGUAACUGCUGGUCAUAUCCUUUAUAUAUUUAACUGAUUUAUGUAUUUCACAAUUUAGUUAUUGUAUUGUUGAAUAAUAUGAGAAUUAUGAUGGUAGUAUUUUCUUGACUUUAUCAUACAUACACGAUUUAUGCUACUUCAUGAUUCUCGUAAUGAUGAUGGCAUCAAGAGCUUUUUUCAAGAAGUUCAUGAGCUUUACAUAAAGAUUCUUCUGAAUCCACUCUACUUGCCAGGUUCCCGCAUUACAUCCUCACAUUUUGAUACAAAAGUCCGUGCCCUUGCAAGAAAAUAUCUGUAGAGAGCCAUUCUCCUAUUAUAGCGGUUCUGAAUCUUUGAGAAACCCAGCUUAACCUUUCUGGACCUGGUGUGUUUGAUGGCAUGUAGAGAAUACAGAGGAUAUACAGAACCUAUCAUGGUUUCAGGUGCAUCAUAAUAUAAUCAUGGCAUGGCUUCACUGUGACAGCAUGUGGAAAAUGAUAGCCAACUGAAAUGACAGUUACUCUUUGAUCUGUUUUUGUUGUUUCUUUUAAAUUGGUUCUCCAAGGAUUUAUGCACUUCUGCAUUUUUCUGUACUAUAAUUUCAAUAUGGUAAUAAUGUUACCUAGCAUACCUCAUUCCUUUCAAGUGAAUUCUACAAUGAGCAUCAGUUUCAGUAGCAUUUUUUGUUAGAACCCGCUAUUACUACAAUUAUCCCUCUAUUUAUACAUGGCUUAUCUAAGGAUAUCAUCGAUGAAGUGUGAGGAGAGAAGGAAGAUAAUGUGGAAUACAUGUGUGCCAGUGGAGAGGGGUUAUUUCAUUUUAGACUUUUUUGCUUAAAAUUUCAUUUGGUUUAAAUUUUAAAAUUUGUCAAGUUUUGAAAGGAAAAAGUUGUUUUCCAACUCUUCUUCUCUUUUAUCUUUUGCCCAUGUCUAAGAUUCUUGAGUGGUGAAAUCAUUGUUAAAGGUUUUUGAUAUUGUAAAAUUCUUGCCUGAUUAAAUCACGAUUGUGGUU